UGUCGUUUUCACAAUCUGUCAUCGUAACAUUCAGUUCCUCAUAAUAUCAAAAAUAUGCUGAAGAUCAAGUAUGGUCCCUAUGAAGCUUAUGGUCUCAUCCAGCACCGUAUUCAAAAGAUACGUGGUCUGAUUCACUGUUUGAGUGCUUUGGGGUACGAAGUUGAGCUGAUCGAAAUUGCCGCAUUGGACCGUUUGGUAAUUGAAAUGGCUGACAGACCCGUAUUCAUGUGCAGUUUGCAGCAUCUUGGAUUCAAUAGGGAAUGCCAGGACGAUCCCGUGUGUCAGAAAGCAGUUGCGGCUGUUCAAGAAGCGAAUAUAAGGUUUAAUGAUGUGUCUAACGUACCGAUAUACCGUCCGAUAGAGCUGGGCGCUCGAAACUGUCAUUUGGAUCAAAAAAAGGAAAUAAUGGAGUUGCUUACGGAAUGCGAGCUGUUGUAUGAGAUAAAAAAGCAGCACUGAUAUAACUGAAGUGAAAUGAAUAUUGAUAAAUGUGAUUUUUAUUUAGGCAUACUAGAGGAGAGUGACCAAAUAUGAAAUACCAUUUUGUUUUUCACACAUAAUUUGCAC